AUGGGUCGGUGCGCAGAAGGUUGUCAUAAGUUUGGUCGCUUUAUUUACAAUCCCUCUAAAAACUCAUUUUUCGGUCGAACGUGCAAAAGCUGGGGUUUGUUGUGAUUCUUACCUGUUACCUUUGGUUGUAGCCCUCAUCUUCAUCUAUUUCCUUGUUUUCUACACAUGUCUUGCUGGGUUCUUCACUGGAAUGCUCUCGGUUUUAAUCUAUGGUCUUUUGAGCAAUACAGUCCCAUCCUUAACUGGAAUGCAGAGCCUUUUGAAGCUCAAUCCAGGUAAUAACUUCUAUGUUCUGUGCAUAUUCGCAAGAACACUACAGAGUUAACUGUGUAGUAUUCUUGAGAAUACAGAAUUCAGUAGAUUAGAUGGCAUGUUCUAGUCUGAAUUUUGCUGGAUUCCAAAAUCAAGCACCAGAAAAUCCGCAUCUUUGAUAUACCAACCUUAAGGAAUCAUAUGCACUUUUGAAAAGUCCCUAAGAACUGUCAAUCCUAGCAGUCUGAGCAUGCUGCGCCUGCAAAGUCAUAACUGAGGUUAUCUCGGAGCAAAUGCGAACAUUCAGAUGACCGCUUAGAAAUCUGUGUUUUGCAUACUUCUGGACUUAAGAGAGCCCAGCUAUCAGCUCGUGCAGCAUCCGCUCGAAUGGUAAAUGUGUAAAGAUGAGGAGAAUGGGUUUUGAAGCAUAAACCAAGUACCGGGCUCUGACACUUACCAACGAAAUAGUGCCUGAGCCCCAUCUGCUUUGGUGCUAUGAGGAUAUCGAUAUGGCUAUGUCUCUGUUGUUCACUGCCAUCUUUCCGUCUUCCUCGUGGACUGCGGAAAAGUGAAAAAAAAUUGAGCAAAUUUUAUUGUUGGUAGAAUCCGGACUGUGCUUUAAGCUACAGAAUGUAGGAGUGGGAAACCUUAGGCUAGAAAACAACAUAGAAUUAUUUAAAUAACACUUGCAAGACAUAUUUGUCGUGUUUUUAUCCAAGUAUAUUGCGUGCAUUAAGUUCAAACGUUGCGCUUCGGUCAGGUUUCCGGGCCUCUGCAGUUCCACGAAAUUUAAAAGUGCGAGCGCCUUAUGGACGUCCGAACAACUGUAUAAGGAGUGAAAGAAGUCUUUCUCAGUGGACAGUUUUUGCACUAAUUCAAAGAGUUAUAGGACGGCCAAACAAGUCUAACAUUCUUCUUGUUUCCUUUACAUUGUUGACACAUUUAUCGGUUAACUACCGUCUUUUCGCUUAUUUUUUUAACCUCAUGAAAUCGAGCAGGGCUGGGAUAUUUGCCGCGAGUUGAUGUCGAUAGACCACUCCUUCAAGUAUCUACAUUCGACAGCUACACGCGGAAGUGGUAUCUUAACGCAACUGAAGAAUUCUUGAAAAACUAUGGAAAUAGCCGGAACUGCGAUUUGUCCAAGCCACUUCCCCCCAGUGGUGACGUUAGAGACGUCUGUCGUUUCCCCAAAUCUCUUCUCGGUCCAUGCGCCGACCCGAAGAGCGUGCUUGAACAGGAUAAUAUCUGUAUUUAUGUGAAACUUAACAAGGUAUGUGUAGUUUUGUUUGCAGUUGAUAAUGCAUUUUAUCAGUAAUGGGGAAUAACCUUAGCUUUGUAAGUUUCUUAGGCAGUGUUGCCCAACACCAACUAACUUCCCUUGCUCAUCAAUUAGUGAUGUUAGGAAAAUUUUUUUGGUAAACUUUGUUUUGAUUUUUAGGUCUAUGGCUGGCUUCCAGACAUCAACGGGACAGAAAUUACAAUUCGAUGUGGUCCAGCAGUACGUAUUAUCAUUCUGUAUGAUUUGCCAUGCACCUGUUCGACCAAAUGGCUUGCUGAUGCCAUUUUUGGUUACGGGAAUUUGCAUAAGAUAAUGAGUUUUUUGUAUUUUCCCAUUUACUAAUUUGUUAUUUUUGUUUAUAGAACUCUUUUGACGGCGAGCUGCUUGGGGAGCCGGAAUACCACCCUUCAGCAAAAGGAAAUAACUCAAUGUAAGUUCAACGUUUCUUUCAUGAAGUGCCAAGUUUUCCCGUCCCAUCAGGAUUUCGGAUUCGACACUCCUACCUUCUUCAUGCAGUAGAAGAACUCUAGUAUCAGUUUUUUGGCUGCUUACGCGUCCUUUCUAAAAUUUCGAAACUUAAUGCCAGGUGGUACAGUUUUCCGUUAGGCAGCCCCUUCUCACAUGAUUUUUACCAGUUAAACUGUGUGGGACCGAUUUACUUGGGGUUUUUAAAAUACUACUCUUAUAAAAGUUCUUGUGCGCACUAGAAAAAAAAGAAUAAAUCGUGUUCUGACCCAAAAACCCAUUUUUACGACACUGUUUGCCCAAGGUGUUUAGUAUAAUCAAACUACUUUAUAGUGGGAUUACUAAUUACACUUAAUGGCGCAAUUUUAGGGUCGAGUCAUUGCAAACGACUAGUAUGUAGGAAGCGGUAUGCUUGCUUACCAGUAAAAUCCUUCGGAAAGGUGAAAACCGCCCUACUUUCACACGGCGAAGUCGUCUUAUUAGUCUUAAAAGGCCUGGGGUGUUUUAUAAAUCACAGAAAUGUAGUUUUGCUUAGGCCACUCCACUACUCCGAUGAAAUCUUUUCCCUGUCCACUUAUUCAUGCUGCCGCAACAAUCUUGAAACUGAUUGCAUUCUGUAUAUUUGUUCGUUAAGUAGAUUUUAUGCGUUAAACAUAAGGCGGAGAUUCUUUCACCCUUCUUAUCAAAAUUGGUUGGCGCCUUCGCUUGGAUGUGUUUUAAAAGCAAAGCUGCAGGUUAAUCCUAGCAAACAAGAGGCAGGCUUCUCACAUCUAUAUGGAUAUUUGACACCCUUUUUGUAAACGACUUGGAAGCAUCCGACCAAAGCCAUGACUGGAUUUUUUCUUUUGUGCACGGAUUCCAACGCUGGCAGUUUGCAUCCCCUAAUGCUGAGGACGAGGGGGUUCUGGGGUCCGCGAAAGCGAAAGCAGUUGGUCGGACCUAUGCUUAUAUCUGAGUAGAUCAUACCCACAGGGGAUGCAUAUGAGACUUACCAUAUGGGAUAGUUGAGCUUAGAUUUGAUUUUGCCAUUUACAAUAUUAAAGCAUAUUACAAACGUUGUGACUUUUAUUUUAUAGGGGAGCUUUUUCCUCCAUAUUCUUCCCCUACAUCAACCAAGAGAAUUAUGAAUCACCCCUGGUGGCUGUCACCUUCCCUAAACUUACAAAGAAUACUCUAGUCAUGAUCGAGUGUAGCUUGGUCAACGUUGGCUAUCAUGAUGAACAAUUCCGACUAGACCUCUCACUGGACACUAUACCUCCGCCGUAA